CAGCGCUGUGCUCUGAUGAGAGGGGGCUGUGCAGCUCCUGCCUUGCAGCAUGCUAGAUCCGGAGGGCAGUGUGGAGCACAGGCUUGCCCCUGCCUUGCCCAGAGCUGCCCUCCUCUCCCUAGCCAUGCUCCUGGCCGCGGUGGCCCUGCUGCUCUUGGCCCUCUCCGCCUCUCAGCAGAAAGAAGUGGAUUUUUAUACCUUUAAAGUGGUCAACAUCAGGGGCAAGCUAGUUUCCUUGGAGAAAUACAGAGGCUCGGUGUCCCUGGUUGUCAAUGUUGCGAGUGAAUGUGGCUAUACAGACAGCCACUACAAAGCUCUUCAGCAGCUGCAGAGAGACCUCGGCCCGUAUCAUUUCAACGUGCUGGCAUUCCCAUGUAAUCAGUUUGGGCAGCAGGAACCAGACACCGACAAAGAAAUUGAGAACUUUGCCCGAAAGACUUAUGGAGCCACCUUCCCUUUGUUCAGCAAAACUGCGGUCAGUGGUGCUGGUGCCAACGCUGCCUUCAAAUAUCUAAUUGAGUCCACAGGAGAGGAACCAACCUGGAACUUCUGGAAGUACUUGGUGAAUCCUAAGGGGAAAGUGGUGAAGGCCUGGGACUUUACUGUCUCUGUUGAUGAGAUAAAACCGUAUAUCAAUGAGCUUGUAAGGAAAAUCAUCCUGAAGAAGAAAGAUGAACUGUGACUUUCAAAAGUCCUAGCAUGUCUAUCACAUCUUCAUUGAGGAUUAGGGCUGUUAUUCAAACAUUCAUUCCAAAAGAGGGAAGGGAAUCAUGGCUAACAGAAGCUACUUACAACUUAAUCCUGCAAACACAGGGACACAAUAACUUAAGUUGGUGGUUAAAAAGGAUUUAAUUUAUGCUUUUAAAGUAUAAACUAAAUUGAAUUUGUGCCUUCCUAGGAAAGAAAAUCAGGAAACAUUUAUUUGUGUCUUUACUCAAAUUAUUGAUUGUUGAUGACAUUAUAAGCAGUCAUUUAGGAUCCCUCUAGGUAGAAAGACUCAAUGCAACUUGAAUUUCCUUAGAGAGAUUUUAUCAGCAACUACAAUUCACCUUCUGUGACUUUGACCAUGAACUUCAUUUUAAAAACUAACUCAGAGUAGAAGAGACCACUUAAUGUACUGGCGACAUGGUUAUAAGGGAUGGCCAAAAUGGAUUUCCUUGAACCCCAGGCACACUUACCUGGAUGUGUUUCUCCCUAGUGAGAUAGCACAGACCUCACCUUCUCUACCUGCUGCUUUGGUGGCAGGGAAGUCUUCUUGAAGGGAAAGAGGUACCAAGACUAAAUUUCCUUCAAGGAGACUGCAUGACCUGUGAGAGCUACCUUUAAAAUUCUUUGGGUGUGUCUACACGUGCAUUAAUGCAAUUUUGUUAACGCACAAUAAAUCUAGUACCUCUGGGCUUCUAUACACAUGCAGGGAGGCUGCUUCGAUGUGCUGGAAUUCCAGCGCAUUGGAGCAGGAUCGAUUAAUUGAGUCUGCUGGAACAUGGAAAUUACCGUGCUCCAGCAGACUCCAAAGUCACAUGUCUCAGUGUCCCCACACUGAAAAAUGGCGGCCGGGCACUUUAAAAUAAAGCUUGUUCAACGAGCUUUAGUUCAAAGCACCCCACUGCCAUUUUUCAGCGCAGAGACGCUGAUACACACGACCCGUCUGGUGCUUAUUAAAGCAACUCCUCUCCCCCCGCCUCCUGGAGCAUGUCUAUAAACACUCUCCAUUGUGAGGUACUAGGAAAAUACACAUUAGCCCAUCUUAAUGCACAUUAACUAAAGAGCACAGUUUUUCAGUGACACUUCAAUGCACAUUAAACUAGGCUAAUGAGCAUUAAAAUGCAUGUGUAGAUGCGCCCUUUGUUUCUAAAAAGCUUGCCAGCGUCUAGGCCACAAACUUACUGUACCUGGAAGCAAGUCCUCCACCAUGCUGGAGUGCUCCCAUGAACUAGAAGCAGAGGAGCUGUGUACUCACAUCACUGAGGACAGGCUAAACAGCAUGGGAGCAGGCUAAUCCCACAGCCCUGCCCGGAUGCACCUAUCCUGCGGGUGGUCCAGUAGGCAGGUGACACAGAGCAGCACACUGUUUUGGAGGGUGCUGCUACCAGGCCCAGUCACUUUGGGGUUCUGACACUUGAACAUCUGCAAAGCCAGAGUCUUUUGUCUAGCUAUUCAGAAAUGGGCACUUUGUCCUCAGUUUACUAUUCUUGCCUUUGAAAAUUGCCACUUGCCUGAGCCAAUGUUGAAAUCCAUGUUAAGUUGAUAAUUGUAAAUGUUGUGCAACAACUGGUGUUGUUGGGUGGGACUGGGAGUACAGAGAAACAGUAGAAAAUGCAACGUUUUCAAAACAGGAGCCAUUUUUAAAUGCUUUAAACAUUUAACAUUUUCAAAACAGGAGCCAUUUUAAAAUGCUUUAAUCUUAACGAGUAGCAACUCAGUCUUGACUAGCUAUUUGAAAUCAUGAAGAUUUCUGUAUUGGGUGGGGGGAAGAACCCACUGGGAUGAGAAGGGGUAGUUGAAAUCAGCUUCAUACCUGGACUGUGAUAACAACUUUAGAUAUGGGGAUGUUUUCCCCUCACUAAUAUUGAACAUUGUUCUUCUGCUAAGCUGAGACCUCUGAUUCUCUUGGCUUAGUAGGUUGUACCUGUGGAGCGAAGCAAGAUCUUUGCUUUGGGGGCUGAAAGACAUUUACUAUCUAAUGGUUCUAUUGAGUAGCACCUUACUGCUAUCAAGCCUAGUGCUUACUACAGCAAACUGUCCUAUUGAUAUAUGAGUUUUACUUGUUUAGGUCCUCAGGUUGCACACUGCUCAGGUGCGUCUCCUUUGAAAUGUCAGUUCUGCAGUGGUGCAAAUCAGCAGUGUCAUUGUUUUCACCAGGACUACACUCAAGUACAGCUGAUGAUUUGGCCUCAUGUUUAGAGAGAUUUGCAUACACUUAGGCCAACCAAUUAUCAAACAAUAUUAGGGAGAAAACGGCGAACAUGACAAUAUUUUCAUCUUCCAAGAUCUUUAUGAGCUAAUAUUAAAUCUUUACCAACCCCUUUUUAGGUACUGAAGAUAUGAAACACAGAAUUGGUAUAUAAUUAAUCAAAGUUACCUAGUAGUCAUUGUCGGGAUUAAAGCCAGUGCUGGGUGGAGAGCACUAGACCACAGAUCUACCUUUUUCAGACUUAAUAAUAAUUAUAGCCUCAUCAGUUUUGACAGUGACCUUUAAAAAAACCUUAUCAGCAAAAUACUCUUUUAGGAGGCAUCCAUGGACACUGAUAGGCACCGUGGUUACCAAGAGAAUAGAAUAGUUAUUUAUAAAGCAAGCAAAGGAGACAACUGACCCCUGUCUCUAAGCGUGUCCAGUUACAGUACUGUUGACAAGGGAAAGUUCUUUUGUGUUGUGUAAUUUUUUUAAGUGGUAAAAAUACGGUAAUAAAAUUGUUAGCAUUUUU